CAAAGCCUAAGUAAAAUAAAACAUAAGAAACAAUACAAAACACAAACGCACGAGACAAAAACCAGGAGCGUUUAACUCCCGUUCCCGACGCCCGGGCCUGCCCGUGCGCUGCCGGCGCCACCCCCGAGGAGGCCCCGCCACAGGCCCCGCCUCGACAAGAUGGCGCCGGCGGAGCCCGGGCGGUUCUUCUGCACGGCGGGCCGCGGGCUGGAGCCCUUCCUGGCGCGGGAGGUGCGCUCGCGGCUCGGCGCCACGGAGGUGGACUGCGUCUCGGGAAAGGUGUUCUUCCGGGCGGCGGCGGGGCUUGGCGAGUUGCGGAAGCUGCGGUCGGGGGAGCGCCUGUUCCUGCUGCUGAAGAAGCACAGCCCGCUGCCGGUAUCCGGGAACAGAGGGAAGAUGCUUCAGGAGAUUAAAAGCCUUGUCAUUGAGGAACCGAAAUACUGGCUGGAGGUUAUCUCUGUUUGGAGAAAGCUUCACAGACACGAGGGGAGAACAGGUGAUGUCUCUCAAGAAAAUGCAUCGGGUCUGAAGAGGAAGUCACAAGAAGAGACAAAUACUGCAAGUAAAAGGCAGAGAACAGAACAAGUGAGAGCAAUUGUGUCUGAGGAAUGUCAGGUGGAAGAUGGAGAGACCUGUGUAGCACCAGAGAGAAUGAGCAGUCAGGAGUGCUGGAUUGAGAGCAAGACUUCCUCAGAAUUCCCUUCCAAAGGCAGUGGAGAGAAUCCUGCUGCGAGUGAGAAGCUUUGCUUCAGUUUCAGAGUGUCUUGUCGUUGUAGUGGAGCAAUUGCCAAAAUACUUACUUCACAGGAGAUUGGAAGAGCCAUUGGCAAGGCACUUGUGAGGCAGUGUGGGUGGCGUGCUGGCCUGCGGGACCCUGACCUGGAGAUCUUUGUACAUCUUAAUGACAUUCACUCUGUGGUGGGGGUUCCUCUUUUCAGGCUUCCAUUGGCAAACAGAGAGUAUAUCAAAACAGCAGGACUGCGGUCAACGGUCGCAUGGGCCAUGGCAUCUCUGGCUGAAAUCAGUGCUGGUGCCCUUGUGCUGGAUCCCAUGUGUGGGCUAGGAACAAUACUACUGGAGGCUGCCAAGGAGUGGCCCGAAGCCUGUUACUGGGGUGCUGAUAUAAGUAAUUCACAGUUAGAGGGUGCAGAUGAGAACAUUAGAACUGCAGGCUUAAUGGAUAAGAUAGACUUGCUUAAAGCUUCUGUGAAAGCAUUGCCAUUGCCUUCAGAAAGCUUCGACAGUGUUAUUUCGGAUAUUCCAUUUGGGAAGAAGUUCAAGACCACAAAUGAUGCCCAGGUCCUACCAGAUAUUCUCCAGGAAAUGGAGAGAGUGCUUCGUGUUGGAGGGACUCUCGUGUUGCUGCUGAGCCAAGAGCUCCACAGACGUGCAGAUGGUUUGACCAAGUAUGCUGGGGGUGACCCUGCUGAGGCCUCUGCUGACGGUGACAGUGGAGCAGCCCCUGCACCAGCCCCGAGUGUGAAUGGGAAUUCUUCCUCCUCAGCACAGGAGGGUGGAGAACCUGUUCUCAGCAGACAUUUCAGGAACCUCUGGUGUUUGUGGAUUAAUUUUCCUGACAGUGUGAUGGCCAGGCCGCCCAUGGGACUGGGCGGAAAGAAAACACCGAGCUCGGCAUGUUUAACGCGAGGCCCAGCCUGCGCCGCCCUCAGGGAGCCGAACCCGGCCAAGCUCUGCGAACACAGCGAGCAGCACCGAGUUCAGCUGAACCGAGCCGAGUAAUUAAAAAAAACAGAAACAAACCCUCAAAAGUCUGAGCAGCAGGCCAGCACAGGUAGGCAGGUUUGGAAUUUUCUUUGCUAUGCUGCAGGUGUAUUCAAGACAUCUUUCCUCUUUGUUUGACAGAACCAAGACAAAAAAAAAAAUACCAAAACAGGAUGUUUUCUCUCCAGUCUAUCAGACAGCUAAAUACCACCAGCUAGCUAUCCAUAUUUUAAAAUCAGCUGGAGAACUUGCAUCCUAGAGGCCUGGGGACUGCCUGAGGGGAACUGUGGCCAGGUCUGUUAAUUGUUAAGCAACCCUGGAAAGCAGAGGUUGGAGGAGGCUGGAAGAGUUCCAGUGUCCCAGUACCCAAAGAGACUGACCUGGUCAAGCCAGGUCACAUUUAGGCAGUGACACGGCCCAGGCAAAAUCACAGAACUAAAGCUGAGAUAAGAUACAACUGAGAAAGUCUUUCAAAGGACAGGAAAGCUAAUUCCAGACUCUGUGGGUUUGGACGGCCAAGUACAGUGACAAUAUCUGAUGUCAUUUUUUAAGGGAAGUGGUAUUUGAAGGAUAAAGGCAUCUGCACAUCUGUGAUUUACUAUGAGGGUGGUCAUGCACCACAUCCAAAUACUGAAUGGAGUUUCUUACUGCAAGAGAUCUGUCUGGAGCCCGCAGAGAGCCUUGGGACCCUGGACUGAGCCUCUCCGAGAGCAAGAAACAUUGAUGAGGGAUGAGAUGCAGAUCUUCCAACUCUCUGGGCGUCCAGCUUGGGUUUCUCUCCAACAUUACACCAUCUGGUAGAAAAGUGAUAGCCAGAAGAUUUGUGUUGUGCAUGGCUAUCGGGAAUGCACAGCCUCCAGUGAAAUGGAUGGGACACCUGGAAGAAGCUCGCCCUGUCCUCUUUGCACAGUGUGAAGUUCCAGCCUUGGCCAGGAACCAUCUCCAGCCACAAACCCUUGUUUUUCUGUAUUGUUUUAGAUGUUAAUACACAUAAUUGAAGCAAAUGUUAAUGCUCUGCAUCCCAGCAGUGUGAUCACCUGCCUUGGCAUGUUUGAAAUCAUUGGUCCCAUGCUCCAGACCUUUUUUCUUAUUUCUGUGGGAUAGUGCAGUGCUGAUAAAAGGGACUGGGACAUGGAUACCUCACUGCAGGGCUUGUACAGGCAUCAGCCUUCCCCCCUCUCCCAAAAUCAUCCAUCAAAAUUGGCACCAAGUCAUUCAGUAUUGCAGAGAAGUGUGUGGUGCAAUCAGAUAAUGGAUUCAGGUCCAGGACCUCUCAGUGUCUAAGGAUUCAACUGUGCCAUAAGUAAACAGAGCUGUUGCAUCGGCCUUGGGGAAGACACUUUGACAGUGACUUGUUUCUGUGCAGAUGCACAGGUAAAAACAAGGGACUCUGCUGUGGAGGAUGGUGCACCCUUGCCAAGAGAGUUAACCCUUGGUGUUACGCAGUGGGCGAAGAGAUGGGUGUCAUGCAUAGCCAAAAUUGCAUCUACACUGCAUCAAAAGAGGUGGUGGGUGGGAGUAACCUGCCAGGGCAGGGGGGAUUCUGCUCCUCUCCCCCACUGGUGAGACCCCACCUGCAGAGCUACCUCAGCCCUGGGGUCAAGCACAAGAAACAUGUGGAGCUGUUGGAACAAGCGCAGAGGAAGCCAUGGAGAUGCUCUGAAGGGUAGAGCCCCUCAGCUCUGGAGCCAGGCUGGGAGAGCUGGAGGUGUCCACCUGCAGAAGGCUCCAGGGAGACCUUGCAGCCUCUUCCAGGGCCUAAAGGGGCUCCAGAAGAGCUGGAGAGAGACCUUGGACAAGGGAUGGAGGGACAGGACGGGGAAUCCCACUGCCAGAGGGCAGGGUUGGAUGGGAUAUUGGGGAGGAAAUCUUGGCUGUGAAGGUGGAGAGGCCCUCAGGUUGCCCAAGAGAAGCUGCCUCCUCUUGCCAGGAUGUGGGCAAGCUGGGAGAGCACAUGGGGUCCUGCAUGUCCCUUGGCUUGACAGAGAUGGAUGAGCACAGAAAUGAUGAAGGUAAAAGUUCUCCAGCCUUGACCAGUGACGGGUGACGGGUGACGCGAGCAUGCAUUUGUUAUAUCAGGAUUAUCAUAAGAAAAGAGACGUGAGGUUUCCAUAUAGAUAUUGGAUGGCUGUCAUGCCAAGGGCAGUGGGUGGGUGACACAGCAGAGAGGAUGACAGGGCAGGGGUUGCAAGUUUACACUAGUGGCUUCUUCCAAACACUCUGAGAUUUUCAUGUACACAGAUUUUCCAACCAGUUUUUUAGGAACAGUAAAGUUUUGGUAACAUGCCUCUUUUUGCCUUCAAUUUCAUGUUCAUUUCCAUGUCUGUUGUGUUGUUAGUCUGCCUCCUGCUUUAUGGUUUAUUUGGGUAAACUGUUUUUUUUUGGUGUUUUUUUGUUGCCUUUUGUGAGCAUGCCAGAGGCCCUAGGGUGCCAGUAAAUGAGAAUAUUAGUGCUCCUUUUGAUUGCUGUUUCCCUCUGCAUGUUUGUGACCUAAUCCUGAAUCUCUGCCCAACCUGCUGAGCUGAAUUUUCUGUGUCCUGAUCUGAUAAAGGAGAAGCAGUAGGCAAAUGCUUUAGGAGGAGCAGUGGGUCAAGAGACACUCCAACCAAAUACUGACAGAAAAAGUAUCACCUCUGUGCAGUUAUAAACAUUGUAUGUCAUUACUGGAUCACUCGAGACAGUGAAUGUUCCCUGCAGGUUAUUUUUUCUCACCAGAAGCUACUUACUUCUUCUCUGGUUAUACUUACUUUGCUGGCGUUGAUCCAGAGCAGGACAUACACAGUAAAAUAAGGAAAAGAAAGGUCACGAAUGCAGCAAGGCCGACCCAAAAGGCAAUGACGAUGGAGUCUGUGGACACAGCACAGUAAUUCUGUCACAUGCAUUUUUCAUGGCAAAAAUAAAACACAGCAAGAUGAUUUAUUAUCUCUAGUAAAGGUAUGCCAUUUGAUCAUUCAGCUUCUCCUUUUAGAGAGAGGAAUCUAAGUGCCUAUUUGUUUAAAG